CGAAUUCCUGUCACGGAAAAAUGACAAAUAUAAAGUGACAUUGGCAUGCGGUGGUAAACCAAUUUCACAAAUUUGUGUAAAAUUUAAAUUUUCCCUGUUAAAUUAAGUUAAAGAAUGUCUGGAGCUAAAGUCCCUAAAGUCUCUGAGCAGGAGGAUUGUGAUUCAGAUGACAGCAAUGAGGACAUUUACAAAGGAAAUGAGAAACUCGAAGUAGACUUUGAGGGCAGAAAUCCCAUUGAUAGUGACUUCGAUGGGAUCAAGCAGAUGCUAAGUCAGCUCUUUCUCAAUGCCAAAAUCAAUACAAAUGAACUGACGGACUUGCUGAUAGCCCAGAAUUAUGUUGGGAGCGUAAUCUGGCAGAGUGAAGUCGAUGAGGAGGAAGAUGAAUCUGAUAUGGAUGAUUCAUCCUUGAUAUUUGGCAUCACCUCAGUCCUGAACAUCAGUCAGAACCAGAAGGAAUGCAUAAAGCAAAUUCAGGAGUAUUUGCUGGAAAAAUCCCAAAGUUCAGAGGCUUCCGGAACGCUCAAAAAAAUCCUCGAGGAUACUGAUCAUGCCGUGGGCUUCCUGGUCAAUGAACGUUUCAUCAAUAUCCCUCCACAGAUUUCCAUUCCCCUCCUGGACAGCCUCCAGAAGGAGAUAAAUCGAGCAGUGUCCAAGAAUAUGCCCUUCAACUUUGAGUACUUCCUCAUGAUCCUCAAAUACUACAAAACAGAAUCCAAAAAGAAAUCCAAGAAUUUCGACGAAAUCAACUUUUCCAAUCCAGAAGAAGAAGUCAUCGCCAAGGAUGCCAUCAUCUCCUUCGACUACUCAGUAGCUGAAGCUGAUACCGGAUUGACAGGAAACUGGCUGGAAGAUGAUGUAGCCCUAACACCCUACCGAAAAGUCAUAGUCUUUGAGGCAAAAAAACUCCCAGAAAUUGUUGGGAGAAUUAAAGAUUUUGUUGAAUAAAUGUAACAUGAAAAAUA